AUGGAGAAUCCAACGCACUCAAAACCCCUUAAAGAUAAGGCUUACCCGUGGGGCCCUUUGACCAUUAUAUGGGCCCUACUAAGACUAGGGAUGGUGACACAAGAAAAUAGCCUGCACCAGGUUUUCAAUGUAACCUGGAGGGUUACAAAUCUCAUGACAGGAAAAGUAGCCAAUACCACCUCCCUGUUGGGAACGAUGAAGGACGCUUUCCCAACCCUGUACUUUGACCUUUGUGAUUUGGUGGGAGAGUCUUGGAACCCCUCAGAUCAGGAACCAUUCCCAGGAUAUGGCUGCCAUCACCCGGGGGGGGGUCGGCAUGGGACCAGGAACAAAGACUUCUAUGUUUGUCCAGGACAAAACACACAAAAGGGGUGUGGAGGGCCGGAGGACAGUUACUGUGCCCAAUGGGGUUGCGAAACGACGGGGGAGGCUUACUGGAAACCCGCCUCCACCUGGGAUCUAAUCACACUCAGACGAGGAACCACCCCUGGGUACUCGGGAAGGGGGCCCUGGACGACUUGCGGGGGCAAAGUUUGUGGCCCCUGCUAUGAUACCGCUACUGCUACCAAUGUCCAGGGAGCCACCCCAGGAGGUAGAUGCAACCCCUUAGUCCUAGAUUUCACUACGCAAGGGAAAAAGGCCUCUUGGGACGGACCCAAAUCAUGGGGAUUGCACCUAUACUGUUCUGGAUAUGAUCCUGUCAUUAUGUUUUCAUUAAUCUGACAGGUGAUGAAUGCAGGCCCCCAGCUAUCAAUAGGGCCAAAUCCAGUCCUACCAGAACAAAAAUCUCCUUCUCAGCCAGCACAAGCCUUACCCCCAGCAGCACUUCAUAAUACCUCAAUGACCCCCUUAGCCAGCAAUAUUUCAGCUGCUGUGCUCAGUGAAACCUCUGAUUAUUGUGUUCUAAUUGAAUUAUGGCCCAAAGUUACAUACCAUGAUCCUGAAUACAUCUAUAGUCAUUUUGAAGGGAGAUCCCGAUUUAGGAGAGAACCAGCCUCCCUAACUUUGGCCUUAUUGCUGGGAGGCAUCACUAUGGGGGGAAUAGUGGCAGGGGUGGGCACAGGGACCACCACUCUUAUGGAGACCAGCCAAUUUAGACAACUUCAGGCAGCCAUGCAUACUGACAUCAAGGCACUGGAAGAAUCAGUUAGUGCACUCGAAAAGUCAUUAACCUCCCUCUCAGAGGUAGUCCUACAAAACAGGAGGGGGCCAGACAUGUUGUUCUUGCAAGAGGGAGGGUUAUGUGCCGCACUCAAAGAGGAAUGCUACUUCUAUGCGGACCACACUGGGCUGGUGAGAGACAAUAUGACAAAGCUUAGAGAGAGGUUAAGACAGAGACAAAAGCUGUUCGAAUCACAACAAGGAUGGUUCAAAGGAUGGUUUAAUAAGUCUCCCUGGUUUACAACUCUAUUGUCUUCUUUGAUGGGUCCCUUGAUUACCCUCCUUCUGAUACUCCUGUUUGGGCCCUGCAUCUUAAACCGCCUGGUCCAGUUUAUAAAAGACAUGCUGUCAGUCAUUCAGGCUCUAGUACUGACCCAUCAGUAUCACAUGUUACCACAACAAGAUACCGAGGUUCUGUAA